UACGGUACCGGCACUCCAGACAGGUGGGUCUUUUGCCUGCCGGAAUAUAAAGCUGAGCGGGUGUUUUACCAUCGCCAUCCACCGCCCUCCCUCGACCCAACCAUCCCUUCCCCGACACCCACCCGCAAUCUGGAAAUGCCCCUCCGUCUAGUUUCACCUAGAGGCCUCACUUCACCUCGCCUUCGCCGGGCCGCCCGGGAUUCCCCGAGACUCUUCCGGAGCUUCACAUCACCAGCAAGGGCCUCCGUACAGCCCAAUGGCAGGUACGCCACAGCUGUGGGAAUUGCGGGAGCAGUUGCUCUCGGGGUGAUAACUGCAGCAUACGUACAGCUACCUCACCUCUUCCUCCCCCCCCCUUCUACCACUACCAUUUCCAGUCAAUGACUAGAUUACAAUCGCAUUCCGCUUCGUCUAGAGCUGAUUGUCCUCCCCCAGAGCCCAUAUAGCCAAACCCACUGUGACGCUCCCUCCAGCCUCGCAAUCGACAAACGCGAUGCCAUUCACAAACACGAAUCCGGGAUAACCCCUUCCUCACCUAUGCGUCUAAAAAUGGAGUCCUACAUCAAAGAAAAGCAAAAGGAAAUAGUGGCAGCUUUGGAAAAGGUCGAUGGGAAACCCUUCAUCAUUGACACCUGGGAGCGGAAGUCCUCCGGUGGUGGUGGGAUCUCCUGCGUCCUGCAGGAGGGAAACGUAUUUGAAAAAGCCGGGGUCAACAUUUCCGUGGUCUACGGUAAGCUCCCACGUGCGGCGAUAGUGAAGAUGAGAGCCGACCACAAGAACCUUGAUCCCGCCGUCGAGAGCCUGGACUUCUUCGCUGCGGGACUGAGUAUGGUUCUCCAUCCAAAGAAUCCGAUGGCACCAACAGUGCACUUGAAUUAUAGGUACUUUGAGACGAUGGCUGAGGACGGGAGUACUCAGGCGUGGUGGUUUGGUGGGGGCACGGAUUUGACGCCGAGUUAUCUGUUUGAUGAGGACGCUAUUCACUUUCACAAAACUAUAAAGGAGGCGUGUGAGAAGCACGAUAAGCGUUAUUACCCUACCUUUAAGAAGUGGUGUGAUGAGUACUUUUGCGUCAAACAUCGGGGGGAGAGUAGGGGUAUUGGCGGAAUCUUUUUUGAUGAUUUGGAUGAUAAGGACCCUGAGCAGUUGUUCGGCUUUGUGCAGGAUUGCUUGAAUGCAUUCUUGCCGAGUUAUAUUCCUAUUAUCCAGAAGCGGAAGGUAUGCUGCCUAAAUUAGGAAUAGCUUGGAGGGUUUUGCUUAACCGUGGUAGAAUAUGCCAUUUACUCCUGGAGAAAAAGCCUGGCAGCAGCUACGUCGUGGAAGGUAUGUUGAGUUCAACCUCGUCCAUGAUAGAGGCACUGCUUUUGGACUUAACACUCCUGGAGCUCGUGUGGAAUCGUGAGUCCCCCUAUCCCCGCAUCCUCACAUAGAGAUACACUAAUUCCAUAGAAUCUUAAUGUCAUUACCCCUAACGGCCGGCUGGAAGUACAUGCACUCUCCAGCCCCCGGCUCAAGGGAAGAGAGACUACUAGAGGUCCUGAGGAAACCAGUGGACUGGGUAUAGUCUUCUUUUUGUUAUUUUCUUUUCUGCUUCUUCCUCCCCUCAAAAGAAGCGUACCUGCAUAGCACGUGCGCAUGGAGGUCUUGAAUAGGGUGCCUUAGACUAGACGACCUGUGCUGGAUAUAUUAUCAAUCGGCAGAAUGGGGAUUGGUUCUGGGUUCGCUCCAUGCGUGUGGUUUUGGACUGGACUAGGCUCCUACUAAAUAGCUCGAGCUGGAGUGCAUAGAGCUAGAUCUGGAGGGCCACUAUCCUAUGAAUCUUGAAUGGGCAGUCUUGUUUUGCUG